CCAGGUGGAGUACCUAAAUACCUCCAGAUUGCUGAAAUGAUUGAUGGUUGCCAUCAUCUCUCAGACACUCUCUCGGAAGAUUAUGCCAGUUUCUUGGUAUGUUAUCAGUGCCAAGAAGAAUCUAUUUAUAAUCUUGAAAAUGAUGAUGGAGUCAUGUGA